AUGAUGAAUAAAUACUAGCUUAAGAAAGAUGCUGAUUUCCAUAAUAAACAAGAAGUUGGCAAAAUCUGGUUGGAAAUAAGACAUAACUUGAAGUACAAGUAACUUCUAAACUGUAUGAAAGAAUUUGAUAUUAUGAGUUUAAAAGAAAAGCAAAUCAAUUAGGUCAGAAAAGUAUUUUUAGACAUUCCACUUCAUUCUGUUUUGGGAUACAUUCAGAAGGAUUAGCAUGUAGUUGGAUACAAUUUAGUUAUAUGGAUGUAAAAUAUUAUUUUAUAUCGAGAUAUUACAUUAUAGCUUGGAAAACUUGGAGUUAAUGAACUAGAAGAUAAGCUUGAAUAAUGCUUAAAAAUUAAAGUUUCUUUGGAAAAAAUUUUUUCUCUACCAAGCUAUGUUUAGAGAUACGCAUAGAAGAAAUAUGAUCAUUGA